AUUGGUGCUCUGCCAUUUGAUCCAAGCUACAUAGGAGAUAAAUACUUGCUAGUUCCAUUUUAAUGAAACAGAAUUGAGAACUAAAUGUGUCAGGCCAUUAUUCCUGUAAGAAUUUAGUGUUUUUAAAAGACAGUUCAUUGCAGUUAAUAUCAUUCUAACAGGUGGAAAGCAGGACUUUUAUUUGCCAAGUUUUUCCACAGUGGAUGUCUGGUGUUGCUCACUGUGACUCAGUGAAACUCUGCAUUCUUUUUGUGCAUACUUUGAGGGGAGAGCUAUGUGAAACUGCCAGCUUUGCUGAAUCCUAUCCCACUGUUGUGUGAGCUUUGGUGAUAUGAUUUGCCUGAAAAGUUAGACAUAUUUUUGGUGGACUACAUCAAAGCCAUGGAGGGACGAAGGCUCUGUGCUGUUGGACCAGGUGGCUCUUGGGUAAAACAAUCAAUGCUUAGAGAAGACAACAGAGUAUUGAAUGGGUGAUGUAACUGAAGAUAUAUCAUGGCAGAUACAGCUUUUAAAGAAAGAAAUGCUUCAGGAUAGACCUGUUGUCAUUAGGGGAAUCUUCACCAGGAAGAUCAAAGGACUUACUUACAACCUAAAGAUAAAGGGGUCAGAAAAGGGAACACAGGACAAACUUGAGAAAACCAGUCCAAGAGAAAGCAACACUGAAAGCUCCACAAGAGCCUCAAUGCCUGAGCUGAUAGCAUCUUCCUGUAGUAACCUUUCUUACGGUCCAGUGUUGGAAGAGUCAAAUCAGGGAGGUUAUUCCCUUGACAUAGUGCUUCAGGCUGUUGGAGUGAUCUUAUUUUCUCCCCUAAGAAGCUGUUACCCAAGAGAAGAGGACGACAUCCACCUCACGAUAGCCUCCUUUCAGGUAGCUGAAGAGAGACAUAAGAUCUCCCAUGAGCUUCCUGUUCUUGAUGCUAUAAGAUCAGUACAAGCAACCUGUCACACAUAUGGAGAAAAAUUAUGCCACAGUGGCAUCACAUCAUCACAUAUGAGGUUUUUGUUUUCUCUUUCAUGUGGACACAAUGGGAACAGCCUUACAACUUUUAAGGAACUUCAUUUUCACUUUUCCUGUGUUCAGGAGAGCAGGGAAAGUACAUAUUAGGAAGGACAUUGCUCUGCCUCUGAACUCAGGAGCCACAGGGAAAUUUGCUUUCAUGGAUUGUCUUUCAUCACAAUCAUGAAAUGAGAAGACAAUAUGCUCCAUGCUUUCUACUCAGUCACGGUGAUGACAUCAUCCUGAAUAGCUUUAAAGGUGACUGAAAAAAAGAGGGAAAGAGUACUGCCUGUCAAAAACUUCCUUUGUUCCUGCUACAAAUACAAGUAGAGUUGCAAAGAGCAUCUGCAAAGAGCAUCUACAAAAAGCAUGAGCAGCACCAGGACAAUGCUGGAAUUUGUUCUCUUUGGAAAAAAAUAUUUGAUGAUAUAUCAACAAAUGACUAGUACUCAUUAGGCUUAAUUUUUCCCCAUGCACCUUCCACUGCCUGUCAGCACAACUGAGUUAGACUACACAAUAUUCCUGACUCUGGGGGCCAAAGUAUUGCUUCAAAAUCUGAUGCAGAAGGAGUCUUGCCACAAGGGACUUCCUUAAUCUCUUAAUUAAAUCAAUCUAUUCUUGAUAUCCAACUUUGUCACAAUCUGGCUUUACUGCAGAAAAACCAAAGGAAGCUAUUUCUUACCUCUCAGAACUAGCUUUUCCUCCACUCCAGAGACAUCAACUCAUAAGUUAGAGUUGUGAGUAUGUUUGAAUUUUAUGGUCACAUCACAUGCCCUCAUUUUGCUGACCAAUUCAGCAGUAGGCCCUGAAUAUAGAUGGACUGCAUUAAAAACAUGCACCUUCUUUUCUCAAAAUUAAAUCCAUCACUUGCCAAUAUCUGGAAUGAGGAUUCGAUAACUCAUGUUAUAGUUCUCAGCUCUUCAGACUAUUGUGUCAGCAGUGUGGAGCCAGUGCCUUCUGCAGAACUGAGUAUGUACAGCAAAGGCUUUCCAUCACUGAAGGAAUAACUUCUCAUUUGCUGGAUCUUUGUUCCCAGCUCUCAGCACUCACAGUGACUGAACAUUGGGCUCGUAAGUGCACACAAGACCUAUUCCUGUCAUACCAAAAGUUAACUACUCUGGAAGCAGGUUUUCACAGACCUGAUGUCUUUGGUUUGUUCCUUUUGGCAGUCUCCUGUGAAGAGGCAGAAAUCCAGCUGCUCAACUCUGUUCUCACACCUGCAAGCCUCAAGCAAUGUACAACAGGUCUACUCAAAUCAGUCACUCACCCUAUGCUCUGCCUGUGUCCUUUGCAAAACAAAACCAAACAACAAAAAAACAAAAACAAGAACAGUCCUUCAUGACCAUGAAAUUUCAAAUAUAUAUAUACAAUUAAAUGGCCAACAAUUUUUUAUUGUAGUCCUGUGCAAACCAUAGCAGUAGUAACUAUUUGGAGUCUUGAGAGAAAGCAGAAAGCCCAGAGAGCAAAAGCUAACCUUAAUUUCACAUCGUCUUCUAUUACCCUGUAAACUAUAUCUUCAUUUUUUUCGUGAAUUUCAUGUUUGGGCCCUGAUGAAAUAAACUUAAUGAAACAUGCCUGGUCCCAGUAGUUCCUCUGAGACUAUUCAUGGUCAAAGCUACACAUGGAUACAGGACUUUCCACCACCUUUUCUUUUAGCAUUAUUUAUCAAGUUAACCCAGAAGAUACUAAAUUUCCGGAAAGAGUCAUUAUAUAAACAUCUACUUAGAUAUUUCACCAAACAAGUAUGAGUCUCUGGGACCGUGAAACACUGUAGAUCACAGAGCUGAAAUAAACAGACUUUACACUUUCUAAAUAACAAGAAAAGUGAAGAAAAUGCAGCUGGAAUAAAACAACAGAAGCCAAACCCUAUAUUCAAACAGUACUGAGCAGCUACUGAAAUCAGUCGUUUUUUGUUUUAUGAGUCUAACAAGGCCAAAUUCACCUUGGAGAGCAGACAACGUGUUUACUAUGCUGUCUAGACACUGCAGAAAACAUAGUACCAUAACCACUAACCAGAAAAUGACUGUUUCCUGCAAUAAAUAUGCCGCAAAGAAAAAAAUAUAAAAAAAUCCUCUCUUGUAUACUUGUAUAUUGCAGCACACAUCAAAGGUUGAAAUGCAGGUCCUUUAAUCAUCCUGUGCACCUUCAGGAGCUGCCUGCAGCUUGUUUGCUUGUUUUAACUUCGUUUUCAUGUUCCAUUAGAUGCAUGGCUUCUUUUGUUUGGUUGGUUCAAAUAAAAAAGAUUUUGGAAAGAAGGGAAGAUUGAUGUCAGUGUGGUAGGAUGACAGUAGGCCAAUAAACAGACAGCAGAUGAGCACCAGUUGAUUUCUGAGCUUCAGAGAACUUGUCUAAUGAGUUUUCAACUGAUACAAACUCAGGAAGUCUAUUAUAUAAGUUAUUUCCCUUCAGAAAUAUUUCUCUCAACAGAUGAUUCCCAGAACAGACAUCGAGCUCACAGCUCUCACAUGUGAAGCUCCAGUUGCAUCUGCAUGAUUGGGACCUCCUGUAUUUUUUGCCCCAAAAUUAGUACUGAGAAUAGUGAUGAAUUUGGGCAGAACUCACUGAGCUGUUCCAGCACAUAAAGAGCAGCAGGAAAAGAGUCAGCAAUUGAAACAAACAUCAAAAGAUGUUAUUUGGACAUAUUCACUCUGAAAACAUGAACUUUGGAAAUGCCAAAAACAUUCUUCACAUGAUGUUUGCUGAAGGAACAGUUUGUGUGGUCAUUUUUUUCUGUACUUUAAAAUUUAACAAACUCAGAUGGAGAAAAGGCUAAACAAAAGGGAUUUGGGAACUCUAAAGGAUCGCUUCAAAGGACCAUGAGCUGAGUGAAAAAUGCUGGUUGCUUCCAGCUGAGAGAUCAAGGAUUUGGGGGGCAUGAAGAAAGAACAUGAGACAGAGGGAGUGUUCACAUGAUGUUAAAAACACUAUAAACUUUUAGAAAUCCUGUAUGAUAGAACAGUCCCUUUCCUCUUCUCCUGCAACCAGUUUUCUGUAGCCAGUAGGAAAGCCACAAACAACAUAUGUAUCUCUGUAAGCUAAUAGUAUGUUCCUUCAGGAAGAGUGCCCUUUUCAGGGUCCCUUGAGGAAUGAGAGCACCAGCUUCGCCACACCUGUUUCUUACAAAUGCUAUUCAGACUCUGCUUGGCCUCAGUUUUGCACUGGGGCAGCCUUGAGCACGUGCCUUUCUGCACACAAAUGUCUCAUUGCAUAGAGCCUGAGUAGUGGAGUUAUAAAAACAGUGUCAGUCUCUUGACCUCUGCUGAGGUUUCUGUGGUCAAAAUCAGCUUGUGAAAUCCCUGUGAUAUAGGCCCGUGAAUAAAUUGUUAUAUAAAGAAAUAUAUGUGCAUUUGUUUUUCAUAGUUACAUUCAUGCAUUUAUUUGUCCAAGUGCAAAAGGUAUUAGAGAAACAGCAUUGCUAGAUACAGGUAAGCAAAACUGGAUUGAUGGUGUUUGUUUUAAUCAUGAUGGUGAGCAAUUAGAAAAAAACAGGAUGGGAUGCAAGACAGUGUGAAGCUUGUCCAAAGGAACAAACUAGAAUGUACUGGACAGGACCACUGUGUGGUAUCUCCAAGCUCCACAGAGCUCUGCCACCCUCAGGCAAUAAUGCACGGAGGUUGGUGAUAUCUUCCCGGGCUUCUUCAGGUAGAGGCAGAAAGUCUCUGUCUGAAACUACUGCAAACUCCCCUGACUUCAGUGAAUCCCUGAGAAAGGCAUAUAUAUGGAUUUGUUUUUUUCCCUUGGUGGUGUCUUGGCUUCCUUGCAGCCCUAGACAUCAAUGUUGGAGGAAAGCCAUACAGAUGAGUAGCCUAAGUCUACUUUCUCUGUCAGGAAGUAAAGUAAAAAAGGAUCUCUUUAUGACAGCGUUGAUCUCCUCAGUGACCUUUUACUGAGCACCUGUCCUUUCCUGAGACAGAGAAUUAGUUUCCCUUCUAUUCUUGGUUUGAAGUGAUAAGCUUGUUCCUUUGCCCUGGGACUGGACAAUGGACAAAAUCAAUUCUCAUUUAAGAAGCUACAGCCGUUUGCCUUUUCCUUUUCCUGCUGCCUUUAUUGAUCCCCUGAGCUCUCAGAAACACUAUCAAUUCUGCUGAAGCCUAGCUUUAUUUGAAAAGGAACUUUGAUGAUGGCUACAGUUCCUGAGAAAAGUGUCCUCUGUAGAUUCUUUGCUCUUCUGAGAGCCAAACGAAGGCCAUUUAUCCCAUCUGUGAUGGCCUGCAGAGAGACUCUUGAGUUUGGAGCCCUGUGCCAUGAUUCUAGUGAGUUCUUGUCACUGUGACUCUCACCACUCUGAAUCAACAAAAGAAAAGGGAAACGUACUCUGGAGAAGAAAGAGAAACAUGACAGCUUUUUCCCCGGAUGGCAUUUUUCAGCCUCUGAUUCCAUGACUGUCAAUUGCUUUGAGAUAGUCAGCAUGUCUGUAGCAACCUUUUCAGACUGCCUGUACAUCCUCCCUGUCUCAUAACACAUUCUGGAUUAACAUAAGAGAUUGGAGCAUUAGCUACCUCAUACUAAAACCCCCAGUGCAAAUGAUAUCUAAAACAUUUUUCAGUCUUUACAUUAACGUAAAGGACUAUACAGGGUGGGAGAAAGCAGAACAUUAAGCCCUCAUGAUCGCACAUAUUCCUGCUCUUAUGCAUCACUGUAUACUUAUUUCCCAUUCUAUUGUCUCGGGCCGCUUAGAUCUUAACAGAUAUAGCAGGAUUUUUGUUGUUGUUAUUCUUUACCUGGUAACUUACUGUUCCUGCAGAAACAAUUGUAGUCCAUUAAUAGACUUGUAGAUUAGAUGUUGUGUCUAAAUUAAACUGGGACUGGAAUCAGAAUGAUAUGGUUGAGCUCUUUCCAGCAUAGAUUAAUCUAGUGUGAAUAGACUGGAAGAAAAAAGUGCCUACAUAGAUGAUAUCAGUCAUUCUGGAAGAAGUGCCUGCCUGCUCAGCAGAAUGAUACCUCUGUGGUCAGUAAUUAUGGGAGUCUGCAGCUCCACAUUGCCCAAGCACUCCAUGUGACCAUGCAGAGGGGUAGAAGAAAAACUGCAUCAUUUAGGGUUGUAAUGCAAACAUUGCCAGGACAGGUUUCUUGUGCCAGAGGAUACUCUACUAUUUAGCUCCAAGCAUGCUAUAUAUAUAUACUUAGAAAUAAAGCACCAAGUGAAAGUACCAUAUAGCCUCCAUCUUCCUGCCACAGCCAUAUCUACAUGUGUCCCCUACACAAAGGAAAAGAUGAUGGAUCAACUGAGCUGCCUGCAAUUGUGCUAGCUCUGCUGUUGUAUCUACCUGAAAAAACUUAGAAUCACAGAACCAAAGAAUCAUUAAGGUUGAAACAGACCUCUCAGAUCAUCCAGUCCAACCAUCAACUCAUCCCCAGCAUGUCCACUAACCGUGCUCCUUAGUGCUCCAUCCACAUGUUUCCUGAACACCUCCAUAGACGGUGAUUCCACCACCUCCAUGAGCAGCAGUUUCAGUGUAUCACCACUCCUUCCGAAUACCCAGACAGACAAGAUGCACUUCUCUGGUGCAUCUUGAAGCCAAUCCCUCUUGUACUGUUGCUGUUACCUGGGAGAAGAGGCCAACCUCCACCUCACUACAGCCUCCUUUCAGGGAGUUGCAGAAAGU